CUCGCUGGGGAAUGCUGUUACACGUUGUAGCACCUCCUUAAUAUCUCUUACUGCUGCCCAGGAGUUAAAGGGUGUCGGGAGCCUUUGCUGCUCAGGGAGGUGGGGGAAAGAAAAUUGUUUAUAGUUCUCUUCCUUUUCUCCACUCCCACAAUUAAACAUGCAAAAAAGACCCAGGACAUUCGGUGGCAUUCUGCCAUGAUCCUGGUGAGCAGCACGGAGGAGUCUGAAACAUACCUAGAGGAAUCAUUUUUACUCUGCCUGGAGGUUUCCUAGAUCUAAAAGAAAGGCCGAGUUAGAGUACCCUUCCAAAAUGGCUGCUAUUAAGGAAGAGAGAGAAGUGGAAGACUACAAGAGGAAAGGAAGACGAUCCUCACAGCAGAAAUACCGUAGACUGAAUAAGGGCCAUGAGCCAAAGGAGCCGGAGCAGUUGCGAAAGCUGUUCAUUGGAGGUCUGAGCUUUGAAACAACAGAUGAUAGCUUGAGAGAGCACUUUGAGAAAUGGGGCACGCUCACAGACUGUGUGGUGAUGAGAGACCCACAAACAAAACGUUCCAGAGGCUUUGGCUUUGUGACUUACUCCUGUGUGGAGGAGGUGGAUGCUGCCAUGAGCGCUCGACCACAUAAAGUUGAUGGACGCGUGGUUGAACCAAAGAGAGCUGUUUCAAGGGAGGAUUCUGUAAAGCCUGGGGCACAUCUCACGGUAAAGAAAAUAUUUGUUGGUGGAAUUAAAGAAGAUACAGAAGAAUAUAAUUUAAGGGAGUACUUUGAAAAAUAUGGCAAGAUUGAAACCAUAGAGGUCAUGGAAGACAGGCAGAGUGGAAAGAAGAGAGGCUUCGCUUUUGUCACUUUUGAUGAUCAUGAUACAGUUGAUAAAAUUGUUGUUCAGAAAUACCAUACUAUAAAUGGACACAACUGUGAAGUGAAAAAAGCACUCUCUAAACAAGAGAUGCAGACUGCUAGCUCUCAGAGAGUGAAAUAUUUUGUAGGUCGUGGGGGUGGCUCAGGCAACUUCAUGGGCCGUGGAAACUUCGGAGGCGGUGGAGGGAAUUUCGGCCGAGGAGGAAACUUUGGUGGGAGAGGAGGCUAUGGGGGUGGUGGUGGCGGUGGUGGGAGCAGAGGAAGCUUUGGGGGUGGUGACGGAUACAAUGGAUUUGGUGAUGGUGGCAACUAUGGAGGUGGUCCUGGCUAUGGCAGCAGAGGAGGUUAUGGUGGUGGUGGAGGCCCAGGAUAUGGAAACCCAGGUGGUGGAUACGGAGGUGGAGGAGGAGGAUAUGAUGGCUACAAUGAAGGAGGAAAUUUUGGUGGUGGUAAUUAUGGUGGAAGUGGAAACUACAAUGAUUUUGGCAAUUACAGUGGACAACAGCAGUCUAACUAUGGUCCCAUGAAAGGUGGUGGCAGCUUUGGUGGCAGAAGUUCAGGCAGUCCCUAUGGUGGUGGUUAUGGAUCUGGAAGUGGAAGUGGGGGCUAUGGUGGUAGAAGAUUCUAAAAAUGCAACCAGAGAAAAGGGUUGAAUGAGAAGCUGCUGCUUGACAAAAUGGGGAAUGUCUUGCACAUCCUCUUCAAAUGAAGGUUUCUGACUGGGUUGACAUCUCUCUCUAUUAGCUUUUUCCUGAACUAAAGUAAUCCAAGUACCUCCAUAGAAGAAAAAAUGGCCUUCACGUAGAAGAUAAUGUCGCAAGAUGGGAAACAGAAUAAAAUGGUAUAACUGGCAAAGACUUCAAGAGCAGUGGUGCUAGUGUGCUGACAUCUUGAAACUUGUGGUUAAACAAGUUAAACUGGAAUGGAAAUUUAAAAUUUCAGUAUAGUCCAUAAUGGAUUGAAAUUUGUUAAAAUAUUUCAAUUUUGUAUCAGAAUAAAGUAUAUAUUGUCAAAUGACUUACAAUCUAAAAUGUGUUGGCAUCACCUUUUUGUAGUGCUGUGGAGAACACAAAGUGGUCUGGAAUUACUGCAACAUAUUUUCUUACAGGAGCAUCUUUCCAGUUUGGGACUGCAAGCCAAAACCCCUUGGUUCAGGCCUGCUUUUCAGCUUUUGUCUUAAUAGUUUUAAAACAAUGUUUUGAUCAAGAAACAAAUGGUUUCCACGUGGCAGCUUGUUAGUGUAUGAGAUCAGCAUUGUGAUGUUUGGCACUGUCACUACUUAGGCUUGAGAGCAUACUCUGUACCUCAGUAAUAAUAAAAUGAAGGUUAUAGUUUA